AACAGGUGCACCCACUAUCGGAGCUCAAAAGCUUCUGGUUUCCCUUUUAAUGUCUGUAAUCUAUUGCAGAUCGUACGUAUGGCACUCAGGCAAACAGACCUCGGUAGAUUUUGGGAUCUUUUCUGUACUCCGCUCCACUCCUAAACUCCUAUCAAAACACAUCGCUAACGUCAUGUUUGGAAAAUAAACAACGUGUGGACGGAAGCAGUGGUUUAGCCAGAAAGCAAACGUACAUCCCUUGCUUUCAAAUGUUUUGUGUAGUUAGUUGUGGGUACAGUAGACUACUGUUUUGAGAUAUGUUCAUAUAGGCUACAAAUUACUUAUUAUACACUUAAACCAUUCGGUUGAGGACAGAGUUUACAUGAAUAAAUAUUUCAAAUUGAUUCAUCAUGUGUUUAUGACUUGGCAUUAUUAAAAACAACAAAUAUGUUUGUAUGUUUUUAGUACCAGACCAUUUUGAAGAAGAAUGAGUUGAUAUGGUGUGAAGACCUCCUCAUAAAGACACGAAGAGAUUAUGGAUGAUUCUGCUCCGCAUCUUCUUCAUUCUAUAUUCGCAUGGCUGGUGGGAGCAUCACAGGUGCUGGGGGUGGCAUCAGUUGUACUGACUGGUGUGUGGAUGGGUCACUACCGUGGCGGCUUUUCUUGGGACGGCUCAGAGCAGGAGUUCAACCUGCACCCUCUGUGUAUGGUGCUGGGGUUGGUCUUCCUGCAAGGUGAUGCUUUCCCUUUAGCCUCUGAAUCUCUCCAUUCAGCCAUCCUGGUCUACAGAGUGUUUCGUAGCGAGCCUAAGAAGAACCUAAAGCUGCUUCAUGCUAUCAUUCACCUACUCGCCCUCACCCUGAGCAUCAUCGGUUUUGUCGCUGUGUUUGACUUCCACAGAGCAGCAAAAAUUCCAGACAUGUACUCUUUACACAGCUGGUGUGGCAUGGCUACAUUAGUUCUAUUCUGUUUACAGUGGGUGAUGGGUUUGCUGUUCUUCCUGUUUCCUGUUGCAUCAUCAUGGAUACGGGCUUCAUACCUCCCCAUUCACGUAUUUUGUGGUCUUGUUCUGCUGAUUAUGGCCAUUGGUAGCUGUCUGCUGGGCAUCACAGAGAAGCUCCUAUUCAGCAUCACGUCGACUUAUGCCUUGUUUGCUCCAGAGGGGGUGCUGGCAAACAUUUUGGGGCUUCUGCUGGUGUGCUUUGGGAUGCUUAUUGGAUACCUAACCACUAGGAAGGAGUACAGAUGCCUGCCCAACCCAGAAGAAGAGUCUCUGUCUGUUCAUUUUAAAACCCUUACUGAGGGAGGGUCACCCAGCUCACCAUGACGUCUGUAUGACAGUGUCCUGCAAGCAGGCUAGCUCUUCAAGCAGACCAGCUAUACUACCAGUCUCUAAUUAUACCCAAUUAAACAGUGGUCAGUUUAAAAGCAGAGGUAAAAACUGCUUCCAGAUGUUUUCCUGAAACACUGGACAAGAAGCUUUAAAUGCUUAUGUUUCUCUCCUGUUAUUUUGCUGACACAAUCUCACACAUAGUUCUAUGUAUCCUUUAUUUGGAUAAUUGAUAGUAUAAAUCUAUAUGAAUAUAUGAUGAAAGAAAUCUAUCUAUAAACUGAAGCCUCAAUUCUCACAACUCCUAAUAGAAACCAAGAUAGCUUAAUGAAGUUCUUAUGUGGUUUCACGUAGUGUUUAAAUACUGUAGCUGUAGCCUCAAGGGGUGAGAACAGGCGUGUUGUACAGCAGCAUGUACUGUACAGCUGCUGGCUUUAGGGUUGAAUAUGUAUCAACCAAAAUAAACCCCAACCCAAACUGUGUCUUUUUUGCUUUGAAAAAAGAAAAAAAUCACAAAUUACAGAACUUAGCAGUGUUAGUCUGUAAUCAGUCUGUACUGUAUGUGUUCUACCAUGUUUUACAAAAAAUUGAUUUGGGUGCAUCAGGGUGAGUGACUGACUAUUGUAAUCAUAACAGCAUUCAUUAGCAGCUAUCACUAAACUGUUGGACUAUUGUGUCACUAAUAAAACACUUAGGGAACAACUAAAAAUAAAAUUCUAAGUAUUGUAGAUCUUUGUGACAAGAAUUUUCAGUAACAUAUAGUCAUUUCACUGUGUGUGUGUCCACUAUUAAAUUGUAUUUACGAUCAAUGGACUGGCAUGUAUAAAUGUCUUCAGUGUAUGUUAAAGAUAUAUAUUAGAUUAGUUUGGGUACUUGUUUGUGAGUAAAUUAAGAUGUCUGUUGGCUUCAGGAAUAAACCCCAGUGCCUCACACAAAGACAAUACAGAGGAAAACUUUGUGAGUUGAAAUUUGUCUGUAUCUACCAGUAAUUCAAGCUGUGAGACAACCUAAAAUAAACAAAUAAAAUGUGUGAAACAACAUAA